AAUUGCAAUGUCAGAUGAGAAAUUGGGUAAUACUCUAAAGUCCUAACAAAAGCUCUAGCUAGGGAGAAUAGGCUCAUCUUUCCCAUAGAGCUCACAUUCAAAGAGAAGUUAGACAGCUUGAUGUCUGCUCAAUAUCUCAAUUCUAUCUUACUUUCACCAAACUCCCUAAAAUAUGGAUUGAUGAGCGGAUGCGAAUAAUUAACACAGUUAUUCAGACUCGAUUCGAGUACGGUUGAUGGGGAAACGGAGCAAGUCCGUGGAAGCUGACAUGAAGGAGGAGAUUCCUGCAGACUCCGCCGGCCAAGGAUUCCGCCGGAACUUGAUAUGCUUUUCACGAGUGAUGGUCUUGCUGGAAGUAAAAACCAACGCCAAACAGCGACGGACGGUGGCAAAUUGCAAGAGCAGGACGGAGAAGAUGGAACUUGUCAGUUCGCGUCAUUCGGAGAUAGAGAAGUAGAGAACUGUCAGACCCCUUCUCUCAUUGCUGGCUCUCUCCGAUUGGAGAUAAGCACAAUCGGUGCACUCCCUUGUUCUCUCCUCUCCGAAAGUUUUAUUUUCUUUCGAUUCUCCAAAUGGGUUCUUGCGUUCGGGUUUAUUUGGGGAUUUGGACUAGGAUCUGGAUAUGAGGUUUUUGGGAUAUUUAUUUGUGUUUGUUUCUUGUUUGUAGGAAGCGAUUAACGAUCCAAUCGAAGGAAGAUCUAGGAAGCUCCCCAUCAUUCUUCUUCCUCCUUGGCUUAGUGGUGAUGCCCCUUUGUUGUUCUCCUUCACAUUUGGGCUCGGCGGAAGAGGUUGGAGCAGAGACGGCAGUGUUUGCCGGGAAGGACGGCGAAAGUUGUUGGGUCUGGAGACGAGGAAGAGGGCGCCGGUGUUUGUUGGUUCUGGAGAUGGGGAAGGGGCGGCGUGAAUAUCUGGUCUGGUGGCGCGCAAGAAGAGAGGAUUGGAGUAGCAGGGGAGAAUGUGUGAAGUGAACGGUGAAGAGAUGGGAAUGAUUUUUUUAUUUUUAUUUUUAAGUGAUAAAUAAAUACAAUUUUAUGGA